GUGUGUAACACGAAUCGAAAUCAAGGACCCGAAUUGGACUAAGAACCAUGGGCGUGGAUUUGACCGGUGUCUCCAAGAAGAAGCGGGUGAUCCGCAAUCACACUUACUCGAGCAACCCCUACACCAAACUUCUUCUCAAGCUCUACAAGUUCUUGGCCAAACGCACGAACUCUGGCUUUAACAAGCUCGUCUACCAGCGCCUUUUGAAGAGCCGGAGCAACCGCGCGCCGGUCUCGCUCAGCCGCAUUGCCGUCGUCAUGAAGCGGAAGUGCAACUUUCUCGAGAAGAGCAAGAAGACUCCGAUUGCGGUCAUUGUUGGCGAUGUUCUCGACGAUGUCCGCAUGGCGCGCAUCCCGGCCCUCCGAGUGUGUGCGCUGCGCUUCUCGAAGAACGCGCGGCAAAGCAUCACGGCGGCCGGUGGUGAGUGCUUGACUUUUGAUCAACUGGCCAUGAUCGCACCCACGGGGAAGAAUACGUUCUUGUUGCGCGGCCGGAAAACGGGCCGGGAGUCGUACCGCCACUUCGGCGCCGCCGGCGUUCCGGGAAGCCACGCCAAGCCGCAUUGCACUAACCGCGGGAAGGAAACGAAGCGUGGCCGCCGUCCGGGCUGCUCCUACAAGCGCAAGUCGUUCUGUCAUGUCUAAACGUCAUGAAGGAGACGAGAUCCAAUUCCAUGGAGAAAGCCGAAGCUUUGUUUCACACACACACACAAACUCAUCGAUUUUAUUUUCGGGGUGCGUAAGGCUCCCUUCUUAACUAAAAAUAAAAA